GUUUUAGGAAGCUCUGUUCUCGGUUACAUCCGCGCCAUAAGCCACGUUCUUUUCCCAGACCCAAUUCGUUUCUGAAGAUGGAGGGUCGUACGGUUCUGCUGCUUGUGGCAAGCUUCUGCGUCGUCUUUCUAGGCGUUGCGCUUGGACAACCUGCCACAUCGUGCGAAUCGGACACCGAGUGUGCUGGAGGACAGAGAUGUGUCCUCCAUGGCAACUAUUCCCGCAGAGCCAACUGUGAGGUGUACCGGACAUGUAUCACUGUGACUAGUGAUGGAUGCACGUGCAAUUCUGGCUACGCUUGCUAUCUGAAAGACUGUCAAGAAGCUCCUUUCGAAUGCCUGCUUCUCGAGGACUUGAAUACGAGGUGCGGAGGAUCUGAGGGGCCAAGGUGCGCAACCAACGAGAUCUGCGGCUAUAGACGCACCGGCGUUGUCUGCAUCAAGUGUCCUUGCUACGGCACAGACGAAGCAGUCUGUGUGCCCAGGGACCCACAGAAGGUGUGUCACCCCAAAGCCAUGGUCCAGGUUGAAAGCAGGGGGUCAACUGGCUAUGUGUGCAAGCAGUGCGCAUCCCACGCCUCGGUCCUGACGGCCCGAUCUCGCCAGCCAACUGACUAGUUGUAACUAGUAAGGCACAAAGCGCUUAAGUGCCUGAGAGACGUCGAAUGACUGCUAAAAUCCAGAUGCAGCAUGGAUCAAUAAAUAUAUGAAUGAAAGUGCUAACCAAUAAAAUAUGGCACGAACAAAUUCUUUUUAUGGUCCACGUUGUUGCGUGAUUCACGUUAA